AUGGAACUGUCACCAAAGCCCAGCCGGUCCUCGUCGACCUCGUCGCGCCGUGGCAUCAACCUGACGCUCGACCUGUCUAACUUGCCACCGCUCGAGCAGCCCACACCGCCCUCCAACACGCUCCUCUUUACCAACCUCGACAAUGUCGACAUCUUCCGCGCCGACAAGCUGCAGUCCAUACGCGACCUCAUCAACCGCACCGCCACCAUCCACGCCUUUGCGCCGCUCAAGUCGUUUCGCCGCAUCCUCGUCUCCUUCUACGACGUCGAGUCGGCCGUCUCCAUCCGCAGGAUCUGGGACGGCGAGGCCAUCAUGGGUCAACGUGUCCGCAUCUACUUUGGCCACCCCACCUCGAUCCAGACCAAGCCCGACCACCUAGCGCUGCCCGACGCUGGCAAGCUCUUCUUCAUCUCCCCGCCCCCGAGCCCCCCGCACGGCUGGGAGGUCCGCCUCGAGGACGCACCCAACAAGAUGGUUCACGCCGACGACCUGGCCGAGGCCCUUGCCCGGCUGGGUGCCGGCUCCGGCGCCAUCAGCAGCCGCGGCAGCUCCAUGGACUCGCCCGUCACCCCUGUUGACGGCGCCGCUAUCGGUCGCCGGAGAAGUCGCAGCUCUACUCUCAUCUACCAUCCCGACGCCCAUGGUAGCGGAUUCGGCCUGCCUGCCGUCUUUGUCGAGGACAUGACGGACGAGCCCGAGGAGAUGUCACCACUCGAGGCAAAGCCCAUCCAGGCGCACACCUCCCGGCCGCCCGUGGAGCUCAUGCACGAUGCGUAA